UAGUACCAGACCCAAAGGAAGCGUAACUUGAAAGUUGAACAUUUUUGUCAAUUUUUAACAUUUAUCUUUUACCAAUUUAUUCUGUUUAUUUGCACUUUCAAAAGCAGUUAAGUAUACAAAAUGACAGACAUACUGUCAGCAGAUUUACAGGUGCCAUUCAGUACAAAAAGGGAAGCUGAAAUUGCCUAUGGCACUCUAAGUGUUGACCCUGAACCUAAGCGAGGAGGCUGUAAGAAAACACUCUCUGUGAAGGAAACAGUUUUACAUGUUCAUUUUGAAUCCAAAGAAGCAAGAUCUCUACGAGUUGGAAUGAAUUCUUUUCUUGAUCAUUUAAAUCUUGUAAUACAAACUAUAGAACAGUUUGGACCACCUCUGCCUGUGGAUUCUCCAUAAUAAUGUUUGUAUGUGAUGAAAGAAAUCUUCCAAAGGUUCCAGCUCGGGUCUUCACUACUAGAUAGUUGUUGCUCUUGUGCACAGUCUUCAGUUGGACUAUAAUAUGAGCUGGUUUUCAACCUUUGGACUUUAAAACCAUGGAAACAGAUAAAUGAUGCCGGGAAACCAGUAGGAUGGCAAGCACUUCUUUAGUCGGAAGAUGAUGGAAAUUUAUCAUCCUAGUCAUGGAAAAUUAGAUGAAAAGUCACAUAAAGUUUAAAUGCAGAAAAGUGGACUGUUUUUGUGUUGAAAUUACAAUUAAAAUAAUUCAUUCAAUAUUUGAGACUUUUUUAAGCAAAAAACUAUAGAAAUAUCUUUCAAUGAAAUUUUUCAUUGUCAAAUUUAUCAUGCUCAUUUCUGAUUACGUGUAUUUUGAAUUGACAAUACAUUGUAGUACAGUGUUAUUUAAAAUUUUCAGUGUUUCUUUUGGAAGAAUAGUGUGGCUAUCCUACCUACCAGUGUGUCAGGGUUUAUGUAAUGCUUGGUUAAGGUUUUUCUUACAACUUCGUACUUCAUUUAGCACUGAAGUGUGCUCUGGAAAUUUUACACAUGUUUUCAAGACUACCUAUGUUGGUCACUAUCCAACACCCAUAACUCUAUCAUAGGUUUUGACUGAAUUAAGUCCCUUUCAGUGUCUAUUCUAGGAAGGGCGAUUGGGGGUAUUCACCUAUAUUUUUAGCUCACCUGUCACAAAGUGACAGGGUGAGCUUUUGAGAUCGCUUUUCGUCCGGCGUCCGUCCGGCGUCCGUCCGUAAACUUUUACUUUAAAUGACAUCUCCUCAUAAACCACUAAGCCAAUUUCAUCCAAACUUCACAGGAAUGUUCCUUUGGUGGUCACCUUUAAAAAUUGUUCAAAGAAUUUAAUU